AUGGCAUGCUCGAAGCCCAGUGCGCUGCUUCAGCACGCUGCUACCCUGCGAGAUGCAGCCAAGAUGCGGAUCGUAAGUGCAUCGCCUUUCGAGAUGUACGUGGUGUCUAUGGAAACCGUGCUUCAUAUGACAACCCUUCGUGUACAUGAAGACUUGAUGGCAGAUGGCCUUCUACACAUUUUCCGGGAGGGUAAUAAGAGGUAUGCAGCCAUUUUUGUGUCGCAUCAGUGGGCUGGAAACGGUCACCCUGAUCCGGACUUCGAGCAGUUUCAGGUCUUGCAAUCCUUUCUCUCCAAGCUCAUCAGUCGUCAAAUCACUUCGAUUUCCGGGAACAUCUUGGCCGAGCUGUACCUCGACAAGCCGAAGAUUCCUGCCAAGGAGCUGCAAUCCUUCGAGCUGUCAAUUUGGUAUGACUGGUUCAGUGUUCCCCAGGCGAAGGAAGCCGUCGCCGCAAGGACCUUGGCAAUCCAGAGCAUCCCACGCUACGUGGAGACUUGUCAUUAUUUCGUCAUGCUUUGCCCUCUGGUGAAGCACCAGCAGGAAGGGACGAUCAUGGGAAAGCGUUCCUACAUCUCCCGUGGAUGGUGUCGCUUGGAACUCGCAGCUCGUAUUCUUAGUGAGCGGGAAUCUUCACAAGCCACCAUUGAAGUGCACACGUCCAACCACCAAGUGUGUUCGCCAAUUGGUGAUUGGAUAUUGAAGGCAGUCGGUGAGGGAAGCUUUUCAGUUUCUCAGGACUUGCAUCAUUGCGCUGCAGUGGUGACCAGCAUGAUCGACAGGAAAUUGGAGCACUUUCUGAAGAAGGACGACCUCCAUAGCUUUCGGGUUCUCCUUAAUCUACGCAGUGUCAUCUACAGGAGCUUGCCAGCUGUCCCGUCCGCCACCGUCGUGCCGGGAUUUCAGUCUUCGGAAACGGAUCCGGCCAAACACAGUCUAGAGUUGUUCUUACACCAGAAUGGCCUGACAAGUGUUUGUGAUCCUUGUCCGAACGGAUGGACACCACUGUGCUACGCAGUUCUGGGAGGCAGCCCCUUGUUGGUGAGCGCGCUCUUAGAAGCGAGAGCGAACCCUCAUGAUUGCUUGAAGAAGACCCAGGCAACCCUUUUGCCAAACAUUGCAGGCAUCACAGUGCUGCAAGCCUGUAUCUACCUCCGUCACAACGAGGCCGCGAAAGUUUUGAUAUCGUUCAAGGCGAACGUGAACGCGAAGGACAGUAACGGAGCAGAGGCCAUUCAUUGGGCCUCUUCUUCGAACAAUGUGGAUGCCAUUGGCUUGCUGUGCUCCUUGGGCAGUAGCCCCAUAAAGGCGGUGAGCACGGGUCACUUGCCCUUCGCCAUUGCAAGUGCGACAGACAGCCUCGAAACUCUCCGAGAAUUGCUUCCACGCACCACACGGGAAUCUGUCCGUUCAGGCCUGCAUUCUGUGUUCUUCUUUGGAGGCACUUCGGGGAAGAUUGUGGCGACGUUGAUCAAUGCUGGGGCAGAUGUGAAUGUCCCAAUGUGCACUUCCUGUUUUAGCACCUUGGGUUUGAUCCUCCGGUUUUUCGCCCUCCGGCACCGCUGGUCCAAGACAGCCCUGAGCACUUUCGCUUACCAUCACCAAGGAGCAACUCCGCUCAUGUGCAGCCUGCUUACAUGUUCUUUCGAAGCAGCUGCGGUUCUUCUUCUUGCCGAUGCCAAGAAGGAGCCGAAGAACGCGCGUGGGAAGACUGCUUCUGAUUUUGCAGAGAAGAUGUGUGCCCCGACCUACAUCCAUAAAGCUCUUCAGGGAGACCUGUCAGAGUGUGAGUUCCUAGACAACGUCGAAGUGAUGUCCGAGCGGCCGCUUGAAUAUCAGGAAGGCUGGAUCCACCUGCCAAGCACUAGCCUCCAGAUUGCCGAGCAUCAGCUCGGUGACCGGCUUGCUGGGCGCGUGGACGUGCCGGACCAUCCGGUCAUGAACCUCGUGAGAAAACUCCCUCCUUGGGCAGGUCACCCGCUCCCGGAUUGGAUGCCAGCCUCCGUGUGCGAGCUGCACACCGGCAAGGUCGGCGGCAUCGUCCGAGGCAGGAUCUGCAGCUAG